CGUCCAGCAUGCCGAGGGCCAGAGGCGCGGUAGCGAGCGGACAGACUGCUUAGAGCGCUGUGGAACUAUUGGCCCGGCUUGGCGAAAGUCGCCCAGCCCACUGGAAGUCCGCCUGUCUUGGAGUCGGAGAAAAGCGGGUUUUGUUUUGUUUUAUUUUAUUUUAUUUUUUUCAUAAUUAGGAGUAACGGCCAGAACAAAGAAAAAUCAGGAUGACAAGAUGGCUGACUUCUUGUUACCACUGGGUACUAACAACUUUCACCGGUUCACGCCCGAAUCGUUAUCAGAGAUUGAAAAGCGGAUCGCGGCAAAGAUCCCAAAGGAUACCAAGCAGGAAUCUAGAGAGCAGUCGGGAGAGGAAGAAAAAUUGCGGCCACAGUUUGACUUGCAGGCAUGCAAGAAGUUGCCAGACAUCUAUGGAUCUCCCCCAUCCGAGCUCAUCGGAGAACCACUGGAGGACAUUGACUCCUUCUACCGAGAUCAUAAGACAUUUAUAGUACUGAACAAAGGGAAGACGAUCUUUCGAUUUAGUGCCACUCCUGCCUUGUACAUUCUUACUCCUUUUCAUCUAAUCAGAAGAAUAGCAAUUAAAAUUCUGGUACAUUCAUUAUUCAGUAUGUUUAUUAUGUGCACUAUUUUAACCAACUGUGUAUUUAUGGCGUGGUCCGAACUUCCUCCGUGGAAUAAAUACGUGGAGCAAACUUUUACUGCCAUUUACACAUUUGAGUCAUUGAUAAAAAUACUGGCCAGAGGAUUUUGUAUGACUGAAUUCACCUUCCUUCGAGACCCCUGGAAUUGGCUGGAUUUUUCUGUUAUUAUCAUGGCAUACAUAACUGAAUUUGUGGACCUGGGCAAUGUCUCAGCCUUACGAACAUUCAGAGUUCUCCGGGCGCUGAAAACAAUCUCAGUCAUUUCAGGUUUGAAGACCAUCGUUGGAGCCCUCAUCCAGUCAGUUAGGAAACUUGCAGAUGUGAUGAUCCUGACCGUUUUUUGCUUGAGUGUUUUCGCCCUCAUAGGACUCCAGCUGUUCAUGGGUAACCUCAGGAACAAGUGUGUCCGAGACUACACAGAGUUCGAAUCCUUUAACGGCACCUUUGCUUCAGAUGAGAAGAGCUGGCAAACCUUGAAUGAAUUCAUCAGCGAUCCAGAAAACUACUUCAUUAAAGACGGCACAACAGAUCCAUUACUGUGUGGCAACAGCACAGAUGCUGGCACAUGUCCAAAAGGCUACAGGUGUUUAAAGGCUGGAGACAAUCCUGACCAUGGCUUCACAAGCUUUGAUACUUUCGGCUGGGCUUUUCUCUCCUUGUUCCGCCUCAUGACUCAAGACUGCUGGGAGCGCCUCUACCAACAGACUCUGAGAUCUGCUGGAAAGAUCUACAUGCUUUUUUUCAUGCUGGUCAUAUUUUUGGGUUCCUUUUACCUAAUCAAUUUGAUUUUGGCUGUGGUAGCCAUGGCUUAUGAGGAGCAGAAUCAAGCAACCAUUGCAGAAAUGGAGGCCAAGGAAAAGAAAUUUCGAGACGCCAUGGAGGCACUGAAGAAAGAGCAAGAGGCAUUAGCUCGAGGCAUUGAUUCAUUGUCACUUAGUUCAUUUGAAGUGUCACCUGUGGCCAUGAAGAACUUCAAAGAACAAAGGAAUCAAAGAAGAAAAAAGAAGUCUUCAGGGGCAGAUGAUGAGGCAGAAGAUCAAGAGCCUGAUUCAGAUGAUGGCCAACGAAGGGCGGCUCUCCUGGGUUUUACUUCAGGCUCUUUGGAAAAUUCGGUGAAACGUAAGACGAGCCAUGGAAGUGUCUUCAGUUUCCGGCUACGCAGCAGGGAAAUAGGUUCAGAGGCAGAGUUUGCUGAUGAUGAUAUUAGCACAGUCGGGGACAGUGAAAUCCAACAUGGCUCACUGCUAAUUCUGAGGAAUGGGAGACGGAUGAGUGCACAGAGUCAAGGGAUUUAUAGCUCUCCAAUCUACACCUAUAACAGCAAAAGGAACAGUUCGGUGGAUUGCAAUGGAGUAGUGUCGCUGAUUGGGGGUGGAGAAAGCUUGGAUCCAACUACUCCAACCGAUGUGCUGUUACCACCACUUAUGGCAGAGAAAUAUGGAACAGCUGACACGACCUCCCUUUCUGAAGACGUGAACAAGAGGCAGCUUUUAUCACCCCACCGCCUUUCUAUGGAGCAUCCUGAGGAACACUUUCAAAGGCAACGUGCUGUCAGUGCUGUUAGCAUCAUCACCAGUGCCCUGGAAGAGCUUGAGGAAUCUCAACAGAAAUGUCCUCCUUGCUGGCAUCACUUUGCAGUAAGAUUUCUCAUAUGGGAUUGCUGCCCAAUGUGGCUCUUGAUCAAGGAGAAAAUUAAGUUCGUCAUUAUGGAUCCUUUCAGCGACCUCACAAUCACCCUUUGCAUUGUGCUGAACACACUUUUCAUGGCCAUGGACCACUACAAGAUGACCAAAGAAUUUGAGGAGGUGCUCAACGUUGGGAAUCUGAUCUUCACUGGGAUUUUUACGGCUGAGAUGGUGUUUAAGGUUAUAGCAUUGGAUCCAUAUUAUUAUUUUCAGCAAGGCUGGAAUAUUUUUGACAGUAUAAUUGUCACGCUAAGUUUGAUGGAACUAAGCCUUUCCAGCAUGGGAAAUGUGUCUGUGUUACGCUCCUUUAGACUGCUGAGGGUCUUCAAGCUUGCAAAGUCUUGGCCAACAUUAAAUACACUUAUUAAAAUAAUUGGAAACUCAGUGGGAGCCUUGGGAAAUCUUACCCUUGUCUUAGCCAUCAUUGUCUUCAUUUUCGCCGUGGUUGGGAUGCAGCUCUUUGGAGAAUUGUACUACAAGAACGUCAGCAGAAUCAGCAGCAACGGAAUGCUACCACGCUGGCACAUGAAGGACUUUUUCCAUUCUUUCCUCAUCAUCUUCCGCAUCCUUUGUGGAGAAUGGAUUGAAACUAUGUGGGACUGCAUGAAAGUCGUUGGUCAGCCACUGUGUCUCCUGGUGUUUUUGCUGGUUAUGGUAAUUGGAAACCUGGUGGUGCUGAACCUGUUUCUUGCCUUACUGUUGAGCUCAUUUAGUGCUGAUAAUCUUUCUGCCCCAGACGAAGAUGGGGAGAUGAACAAUUUGCAGCUGGCCUUUGCCCGCAUCAAUAGGGGGAUGAAGUACCUCAAGCGUUCCAUGUGGAACUUUUGCUGCAGGGUCCUUCGACAGCCAAAAGCCACUGCUGAAAAGAAAGCCAUGAUGAAGCUUGUGACCCACAACCAGCCCGUCAUGCACAACUGCGUCAACAACCACAUGGCUAAUGAGUUUGUCAAAGAAGAGCAGAACCAGAAGGAGAACCACACCAGCAACGCCAGAGCUGACAUCAACAAAGAAGGGCAUCAGGUGUCCGAUGACCACAAUAAUGACUUUAUGACCAACCCAAACAUGUCCAUUUGUGUCCCUAUUGCUAUGGGGGAGUCGGACAUAGAAGAUGAUGAGCAAAGCACAUUCACAGAAACGGACCAGGACAAGCAACUGAAGGAGCAACACUACACAAGCACAGCGAUCGAAAGCCAGACUUCUGAGUUUUGUGAAGACUUAAGUGAGUUGCAGAUGGACAAGCUGUCAAAAUCAGAGGUGGUUCUUCCACUAUCAGACCAGCAAGAGAAAUUCGAUGAAAUCAGCCUGUCCGAAGGAAGUACAGUGGAUUUGGCCAUUCCCUCAGAGCUUCUGGAACAGAUGCCCGAACUGGCAGAAGAACUGCUGGAUCCUGAAGAUUGCCUCCCAGAAACUUGUGUCCAGAUUCUCCCAUGCUGUUCAGUGGAUGUCACAAAAUUCCCUGGCAAAGUUUGGUGGCGCCUGAGGAAAACCUGCUAUCAAAUCGUUGAACACAGUUGGUUUGAGACAUUCAUCAUUUUCAUGAUUCUUCUCAGCAGCGGAGCUUUGGCCUUUGAAGACAUCUACUUGGACGAAAGAAAGAACAUCAAAACCAUGCUGGAAUAUGCUGAUAAAAUCUUCACUUACAUCUUUGUUUUGGAAAUGCUUCUGAAGUGGGUGGCCUACGGUUUUAAGAAGUACUUCACCAAUGCUUGGUGCUGGCUUGAUUUCCUCAUUGUGGAUGUCUCACUAAUAAGCCUCAUAGCUAGUUCUCUUGGAUACUCCGAAAUGGGUCCCAUUAAAUCCCUUAGGACCCUCAGAGCUCUGAGGCCUUUAAGAGCACUCUCACGAUUUGAAGGGAUGAGGGUGGUAGUGAAUGCCUUGGUAGGGGCCAUCCCUUCAAUCAUGAAUGUUCUGCUUGUCUGCCUCAUUUUUUGGCUCAUCUUCAGCAUCAUGGGAGUCAACUUGUUUGCCGGCAAAUUUGGGAAAUGCAUUAACAAGACAGAAGGCGAUGAGCCUUUGAACCACACAAUUGUCAACAACAAGAGUGAUUGUCAAACCAUGAAUGACACUGGAGAGUUGUACUGGACCGUAGUGAAAGUCAACUUUGACAAUGUUGGUGCUGGUUAUUUGGCUCUCCUUCAAGUGGCAACUUUUAAAGGUUGGAUGUCGAUUAUGUAUGCAGCGGUAGAUUCACGAGAGUGUGAGGAAGACCCUGUGUGGGAAUAUAACUUGUACAUGUACCUCUACUUCGUGAUCUUCAUCAUCUUCGGUUCUUUCUUCACCUUGAAUCUCUUCAUUGGUGUCAUCAUUGACAAUUUCAAUCAACAAAAAAAAGAAUUAGGUGGACAAGACAUCUUCAUGACUGAGGAACAGAAAAAGUACUAUAAUGCCAUGAAAAAAUUAGGAUCCAAGAAACCUCAGAAGCCUAUCCCCCGUCCGCUGAACAAGUAUCAAGGUUUCAUCUUUGACCUUGUCUUGAACCAAGCCUUUGAUGUUUGCAUCAUGCUUCUGAUAUGCCUAAACAUGGUGACUAUGAUGGUGGAGACCGAUGACCAAAGUCCAGAAAAAGUGAUCAUCCUCUACAGAAUCAAUAUGGUCUUUGUUGCGAUCUUCACUGCAGAGUGUAUCUUCAAAAUGACAGCUCUGAGGCAUUACUAUUUCACCAAUGGAUGGAACAUAUUUGAUUUUGUGGUUGUGAUUCUAUCAAUUGUCGGCUCAGUCCUGUCUGACAUCAUCCAGAAGUACUUCUUUUCCCCUACGCUGUUCCGAGUCAUCCGCCUGGCUCGGAUAGGUCGGAUCUUGAGACUUAUCAGAGGUGCCAAAGGAAUCCGAACGCUUCUGUUUGCCUUAAUGAUGUCCCUCCCUGCUUUGUUCAACAUCGGGCUCCUCCUGUUCCUGGUCAUGUUUAUUUAUGCCAUCUUUGGCAUGGCCAACUUUGCCUAUGUCAAGAAAGAACACGGGAUUGAUGACAUGUUCAACUUCGAGACGUUUGCCAACAGCAUGCUUUGCCUGUUCCAGAUCACCACGUCGGCUGGCUGGGAUGGUCUUCUCAACCCCAUUUUGAACACGGGCCCCCCCUAUUGUGACCCCAGCUACGUUAACUCCAACGGGUCAAAGGGGAACUGUGGCAGUCCCGCAGUGGGGAUCCUGUUCUUUGUCACCUACAUUAUCAUCUCUUUCCUCAUUGUGGUCAACAUGUACAUAGCUAUUAUUUUGGAGAACUUCAGUGUGGCCACUGAAGAGAGCACAGAGCCUCUAAGUGAGGAUGACUUUGACAUGUUUUACGAAACCUGGGAGAAGUUUGACCCCGAAGCUACGCAGUUUAUUACCUAUGGUGCCCUAUCCAGUUUCGCAGAUUCUCUGCCAGAACCUUUGCGCAUUGCGAAACCCAACUAUAUUAAGCUCAUAGCCAUGGACCUCCCCAUGGUGAGCGGAGACAGGAUCCACUGCUUAGAUAUUUUGUUUGCUUUCACCAAAAGAGUUCUGGGAGAAACCGGAGAAAUGGACGCCCUUAAAAUACAGAUGGAGGAGAAAUUUAUGGCAGCCAACCCAUCGAAGGCAUCUUACGAACCCAUCACCACUACGCUGAGGCGGAAACAGGAAGAGGUGUCCGCUAUCAUCAUCCAGAGAGCUUACAGAAGUCACCUUUUCCAACGCACCCUCAAGCAAGCGUCUUUCUUGUAUCGCCAAAAAACCUGCCCCCCAGGAGACGAGGCUCCAGAGAAGGAAGGCCUCAUUGCCUGCAUGAUGGAUGAAAACUACCGGAAGCCUAUCGACAAAUCCGAAACCCUCUCCUCCACGUCCUUCCCCCCUUCCUAUGAUAGCGUCACCCGGGGCACCAGUGAGAAUUUCCAGCUACGGAUGACGGACUCCAGCGGCUGCGACGAACCGCUUGACGAUCAGUUAUCAGCUGACCGAGAUAAAGAGUCGAUUGUUUAAACGUGUUUCUCUCGUUUAAAACACUUUACAAUAUUGUUUACAGAAUGUAAUGCUGUCACUACACAACCGGUUGAAGCAGCCUUGUUAAACAUUAGUUGCAAAGGCAGCAGGAAAGCAGGUAAACCCUGAAGGAAGAGGCCUAACCUCUGCCCCUGCUCUUUUCCACUUUGCUCAAUGUUUAUAUUUAUAUAUGCACAAGGAGGUUAGGAGGGGAACCAGCACAAGGCCACAGCCAAAGUGUGAUUACCGAGACGCUAAACUGUAAGACAGUGAAUAUUUAUACCUAUACUGUACACAACAUAAACCUGAGCGCAUACUUUCAUUUUAAGGUCUUACUUAUAUUAGUGCAUUUAUUUAUGGCAAUGUACGACCUUGCAUUCUAUAAUAACAGUGGGAUGGAGAAGAAGACCAGCAAUCAGGUAGCUGCUGUAGCAAUGCUGUAAUACUUAAUGUGUAUGUUAUGAAUGGUCUUUCUAAAGAAAAUUACAGAUAGUCCUCAUUUAGCGACCACAAGUCGGGAUCGGCAAGUGAAGUGGUCGCUAAGUGAAACUGCAACUGUGCUUAUGAACUUCCUUCAGCUUUCCUUUGCUUUGCAGACCAUUGAAGGUCGUAAAUGCGAGGACUGGCCAGAAAGUUACUUUUUCAUCACCACCACCACCACCAUCAUCGUCGUAACUGGGAACAGUCGCUAUACAAGGCAGUCGCUAAACGAGGACUACCUGUAUGUAUGUGUGUGUGCCUUCUUUUCCACAAAUUAUUAUCAUUUUACAUCUGCCUCCCCGGGCCCAGAUAUGUUGGGAUGAUAUAACGCUCAAAUUUUGAGUCAGCCAUAGUUAACGUUGAGGUUGGCCACACGGCUGGGAAUUUUGGGAGAUAUUGUUCUGAAUCAUACGGGGGCGCCAGAUUGGGAAAGGCUGUUUUAGAAGACGGGGGGGAAUCAGGGACCUUUCCCCAAUUAACAGGAGAUGCUCCUGCUUGCUGAGAGAAUAGGUUGCAAGACGAAAUUAUUGUGUCAGCAACAUUGCCGUUUUCUGUUGCAGCCAUGCCCCUGCUUACAACAGGCCUGUCAGCAAUUUAACCCAGGGAAAACACACAAAAAAAAAAAAAGACAAAAAAUUGACUUUGGAGAAAGCAUGGCUUUAUUUUUAUUUUUGUUCUAUCCCGCAGGAUAUUAGAUACUAAUGGAUUCUGCUUGUAAAACCGGCCAAUAAAAGCACUAUUUUUUUACUAUG